UGUGCCCGGUGGGGAGGCGCUUGUCUCCAGUGCGGCUCGUUUCUCACUGCACGCCGUCUCCGCUGGCGCACCCCGGGCGGAGAUGUUGACAUUACGUCGCUAUGUGCAACGUUUUCUGCUCUCCGCGGUCUCUCGUUUUCCGUGGGAUCGCCCCUGUUGUCCGACGAGCUGCUGCUAAAUGUCCAGAGAGCGACGAGCAACAAACCCGAAGCCCACCGGAGUGCUGCGUGCUUUAAAACACGCUUUGAAACCCACCACCUCGGCCGAAGUGAGGUUUGGCAUGUCCGGCGUUGUCUGAUCCCUCCACACUGCUAUGACUUCAAGCAUCUGAAGAUCCCCCCCACCCCCCUUCGUCUGGUCUUUAUUUUCUGUCGCUGCCACACCCACCCGUUUCCUCAAUGGGUUCCCGUAGCCAAGGUUUUUUUCACCACCACCAUCGUAGCACCUUGGUGCCCACAGCAGUUCCCAGACUACUGCCAGAGAGCAGCAGUUUGCUGGGGGGCAUCGCACAAAUCACCCCCAACCUUUUCCUCAGCAGAGGGAAUGUGGCAUCCAAUCGCAGCCUGCUCCUGUCCAAGGGCAUCACGUGUGUGGUCAAUGCCACCAUCGAGCUACCCAAUUUCAACUGGCCCCAUGUGGAGUAUGUCAAGGUCCCCCUAGCAGACAUGCCCCACUCCCCCAUCUCAUUGUAUUUCGACAGUGUGGCCGAUAAGAUUCACAGCGUUGGCCGCAAGCGGGGGGCGGUGUUGGUGCACUGUGCAGCAGGGGUGAGCCGCUCAGCAUCUCUGUGCCUGGCUUACCUCAUGAAGUAUCACCGUGUGUCCCUGGCGGAGGCCCAUGCCUGGGUCAAGGCCCGCAGGCCUGUCAUCAGGCCCAAUGGGGGUUUCUGGCGCCAGCUCAUCGAGUAUGAGAGGAAGCUGUUUGGCAGAAACUCUGUAAAGAUGGUGCAGACACCCUAUGGAGUUAUACCUGAUGUCUAUGAGAGGGACCGCAGGAACCUGGCUCCAUACUGGGGCCUGUGAGAGAGGCGUGGAAACUCAUUAUUGUGGAGAUGGAUAUAGGAGGAACGUGAACAGAGGUGGUGGUCAGCUCUGUCGCAUUCUAGUCCUUUUUCCUCUCCCGGGGGCUGCAGAUCAAUGUGUGUUCUCCCAACCAGUUAGGCAAAGUGAGUGUGUGCGUGUCCCGUCUACUGUAUGUGAAGCUUAAUUAAUGAGUCCCGCUGCAUUUGGACGGAGAGAGUUUUAAUAAUCACAGUGCUGCUCAAUGGAGGUUGAUGGUAGGCUGCUCUGUGCCCAACCGACCCACACUUUUACCUGUGAGAGAGAGAGAGAGAACAAGGUCCCUCUUCGCCCAGAAUCCUUGGGACCAAAGGAUGGAUGGGAUCACAACGUUGGCAGACACUUGAGCCGGAUGUGGUGCUGGGAGAGAGUGCAGAGGGCGCUGCUCUGUACCUCCUCGUUUGCUUUUUCCAUUGAACUCUGACGAAAGGGAGCAUUCUGGGAAAUGGGUUUACCUGAGACUCAGCAUUUCUGACAGUGGUGUGACUGAAGUCCUCUCCCCGACGUAAUGUCAUGUGAUGGUAUUGUGCCAGUUUUGCAGUUAUCUUUAAUGUGGGGGGGGGGGGGGGAGUAGGCUCUCAGUUUAUGGGAGCAUUGAAGAUACUUAAGGUAGAUAUAACUGUGUAAAAAUGAUGACAAGUUCUCUUUUUUUGGACUGUAUUAAUGUUGGGGGAAAACCUGGUUAUGGUGCACUUUAAAUCAACAUUUAACAGUGUUCCUAUAUCCACCCCUUAAGGUCUCAGUGAUCUAAGCUGUAAAUCAAGGAUUAGGGAAAAAAAAUCCCCAUUUAGCAAAAGGGUUAACUGUGUGGUUCUGUGAUUAUACUAUACUAGAAUGGAUAAAAUGUGACAUGAUGCUAUAUUAAAAAGACAUUUGCUUUCUCCAAGGCGUGGGCAGCUCUGUGAGAGAUGCUUGGGAGGAUACACUAUUUAUUCUACCCGCUGUUUUUACCUUGUGUCCCUGUCCACUUCAAGUGAAAGUUAAAGAGCAGCGCAGUACAGCAUAAAACUCAAUAAAUGAUGUUAUUCUAUUAUUCAACCGUCCUACUCUUGAUGUGUGGAAGAGGCAGGAGUAAAGGACUGUAGCAGCAGAAUCAUGUCCUUGUCAUAGGCAUCAACAGCAAGCUGGCCUUAAGCUUUGCUGCAUGCCCAAAUACGGUGAUAUUUUAAUGUAAUAAAAGAGCUCACGCCACUGCUUGUGUUCAAAUUUGAUAGUAAAAUAAUAAAAAAAACACUAA